AUGCUCGGCCUCAAGCGAAGGACCAACAGCAUCCCCGUGCGCCUGGAGAAGACGACUCACAAAGGCCGCUACAUCCUCACCGCCGAUGACCCAGACAUCAAAGAAAUCCUCCGCAAAGGCAUUGAACGAGAGCAGGUGGAACGCGGGCACGCCAAAUUGCGCUCCUCCUUCCGCGACCUCCUCUUCACCCCUCGCCUGACGGCCUUCGACCGCCGCAAUCCAUCCGCUGCCCACUCGCCCUUCUUCGGCUUCUUCACCCUCUUCUGGAUCGCCAUGGUACUGAUGCUUGUCAAAGUGUCGAUGCAAAACUAUCGCGACUACGGCAGCGUGCUGGGCAGCAACCAGAUUAUGAAGAUGAUGUUCAGCCAUGACGUCUGGGUGCUGGCGGUAACGGACGGCGUGAUGUGCGCAGCAACCACUCUGACCUAUCUAUUCCAGCUGGUCGUGCAUCAAGGCUGGCUGCGAUGGGAGCGGGGCGGCUGGAUUGUGCAGAACAUCUGGCAGUCCCUCUUCCUCGGCGCUGCCAUUGGCUGGGCGUACUUUCGAGAAUGGCCCUGGACGCACACCAUCUUCGUCGUGCUGCAUGGACUGGUGUUCCUGAUGAAGCAACACAGCUACGCCUCCUACAACGGCCACUUAUCCACCGUGUACCGGAGACGCCAAGUGCUGGAAGGCAAGCUGGAACACCUCGAGCAAAUGGAACCCAAUGCCACCUCCCCCACCCGCCCCACCUUCUUCGGACGCAGUCUAGAUGGCUCGCGACGCAGUAUCGACAGUGCCCUCCCGACAGAUCUUCCAGAGUCCGCAACCAACCCUCGCCCUUCGUUACGACCGCGCACCGCCACCAACUUCACCAGCGAGAAAUCCGACGUCGCCACCGUAGCCCGGGCAAUCGAAUCAGGCGACGCCAUCGACACCACACAGCUGCACACGUUCGAAAACGUCAUCAAAGCCGAGCUCGCCGACCUGACCAAAGAACUGCAAGGCAAGAGCUCCUCCGCGCGCACCGCCUACCCGCACAACCUCACCCUCUACAAUUUCCUCGACUACAUCUGCCUGCCCACGCUCGUCUACGAGCUCGAGUAUCCGCGCCAGGAGCGGACAAACUGGUGGUUCGUAGCGGAAAAGAUAACAGCCACCUUCGGCGUGCUGUGCGUAAUGAUGGUCAUCUCGCAAGCCUUCAUCUACCCGCCCGUCGCCAAAACGGUCCGGAUGAAAGAAGCCGGCAUGCCGCUCGAACAACGCUGGCAAGAACUGCCCUUCAUCGUCUCCGACAUGCUCUUCCCCCUGCUCAUCGAGCAGCUCCUCACCUGGUACCUCAUCUGGGAGUGCAUCCUGAACGUGCUCGCGGAGCUGACGUGCUUUGCCGACCGCGGCUUCUACGGCGACUGGUGGAACUCCGUGACGUGGGACCAGUACGCGCGCGACUGGAAUCGCCCCGUGCACAAUUUCCUGCUGCGCCAUGUGUACCACAGCUCCAUCUCCACCUUCCACUUGAGCCGGAACGCGGCGACGUUUGUCACGUUUUUGCUGUCGGCGUUGGUGCACGAGAUGUGCAUGGCCAUCAUGUUCAAGAAGGUGCGGGGGUAUUUGCUUUGCUCGCAGUUGUUGCAGAUGCCGUUGGUCAGUCUGAGUCGGUCGAAGUUGAUGAAGGGCAGGGAUGUAUUGGGAAAUGUGAUCUUUUGGAUCGGGCUGUUCAUUGGGCCGAGUUUGUUGACGAGCUUGUACUUGGUUAUGUGA